AGGCUGCAACAGGUGCCUUGAGCAGGAAGCUCGCGCCGCCACCCGCUCCCCGGACGCGUCCAGGACCCACUGCGCCGUGAGCCAUCCUCGGCCUCACCGUGCGCCACAGACACGGUGACCCCUGCUCUGCGCACCGCGACCCUACACGAACCCGCAGCCCGAACGCCCCGAGCCAUGGACGCCCCGGAGCCGCAGCCCGACCCCGAUGGCGGGGACGGUCCAGGCCACGAGCCCGGGGGCAGUCCCCAAGACGAGCUGGACUUUUCCAUCCUCUUCGAUUAUGACUAUCUGAACCCUAUCGAAGAAGAACCGAUCGCACAUAAGGCCAUCAGCUCACCCUCGGGACUCGCAUACCCGGAUGAUGUCCUGGACUAUGGCCUCAAGCCAUGCAACCCCCUCGCCAGUCUCUCUGGCGAGCCCCCUGGCCGGUUCGGAGAGCCGGAUAGUAUAGGGUUCCAGAACUUUCUGAGCCCAGUCAAGCCAGCAGGGGCUUCGGGCCCGAGCCCUCGGAUCGAGAUCACUCCAUCCCACGAACUGAUGCAGGCAGGGGGGGCCCUCCGUGGGAGAGACGCCGGCCUGUCCCCCGAGCAGCCGGCCCUGGCCCUGGCCGGCGUGGCUGCCAGCCCGAGGUUCACACUGCCCGUGCCCGGCUACGAGGGCUACCGCGAGCCGCUUUGCUUGAGCCCCGCUAGCAGCGGCUCCUCUGCCAGCUUCAUUUCUGACACCUUCUCCCCCUACACCUCGCCCUGCGUCUCACCCAAUAACGCCGGGCCCGACGACCUGUGUCCCCAGUUUCAAAACAUCCCUGCUCAUUAUUCCCCCAGAACCUCUCCAAUAAUGUCACCUCGAACCAGCCUCGCCGAGGACAGCUGCCUGGGCCGACACUCGCCCGUGCCCCGUCCGGCAUCCCGCUCCUCCUCACCCGGUGCCAAGCGGAGGCAUUCGUGCGCAGAGGCCUUGGUUGCCCCUCUGCCCGCAGCCUCACCCCAGCGCUCCCGGAGCCCCUCGCCACAGCCCUCGCCUCACGUGGCACCGCAGGACGACGGCAUCCCCGCUGGGUACCCCCCCACGGCCGGCUCCGCUGUUCUCAUGGAUGCCCUCAACACCCUGGCCACCGACUCGCCCUGCGGGAUCCCCUCCAAGAUAUGGAAGACCAGUCCUGACCCGACGCCUGUGUCCACCGCUCCCUCCAAGGCUGGCCUGGCCCGCCACAUCUACCCUACUGUGGAGUUCCUGGGGCCAUGUGAGCAGGAGGAGAGGAGGAAUUCCGCUCCAGAGUCCAUCCUGCUGGUACCACCCACCUGGCCCAAGCAGUUGGUGCCGGCCAUUCCCAUCUGCAGCAUCCCUGUGACUGCAUCCCUCCCACCACUCGAGUGGCCACUCUCCAAUCAGUCGGGUUCCUAUGAGCUGCGGAUUGAGGUCCAACCCAAGCCCCAUCACCGGGCCCACUAUGAGACGGAGGGCAGCCGUGGCGCUGUCAAAGCCCCAACAGGAGGACACCCUGUGGUGCAGCUCCACGGCUACAUGGAGAACAAGCCUCUGGGGCUUCAGAUCUUCAUUGGGACAGCAGAUGAGAGGAUCCUUAAGCCACACGCCUUCUACCAAGUUCACAGGAUCACUGGGAAAACGGUCACCACCACGAGCUAUGAGAAGAUCGUGGGCAACACCAAGGUCCUGGAGAUCCCCCUGGAGCCAAAGAACAACAUGAGAGCCACCAUCGACUGUGCAGGCAUCCUGAAGCUCCGAAACGCUGACAUCGAGCUGCGGAAGGGCGAGACGGACAUCGGCAGGAAGAACACGCGUGUGCGCCUGGUGUUCCGCGUGCACGUCCCGGAGCCCAGUGGGCGCAUCGUCUCCCUGCAGGCUGCGUCCAACCCCAUCGAGUGCUCUCAGCGCUCUGCCCACGAGCUGCCCAUGGUGGAGAGACAAGACAUGGACAGCUGCCUGGUCUACGGGGGCCAGCAGAUGAUCCUCACGGGCCAGAACUUCACAGCGGAGUCCAAGGUUGUGUUCAUGGAGAAGACUACAGAUGGGCAGCAGAUUUGGGAGAUGGAAGCUACGGUGGAUAAAGACAAGAGCCAGCCUAACAUGCUUUUUGUUGAGAUCCCCGAGUAUCGCAACAAGCACAUCCGCGUGCCCGUGAAAGUCAACUUCUACGUCAUCAACGGAAAGAGGAAACGAAGUCAGCCACAGCACUUUACCUACCACCCAGUCCCUGCCAUCAAGACAGAGCCCAGCGAUGAGUAUGAACCAUCUUUGAUCUGCAGCCCCGCCCAUGGAGGCCUGGGGAGCCAGCCAUAUUACCCACAGCACCCAAUGCUGGCCGAGUCCCCCUCCUGCCUUGUGGCUACCAUGGCCCCCUGCCAACAGUUCCGCUCGGGGCUCUCAUCCCCUGAUGCUCGCUACCAACAGCAGAGCCCCGCAGCUGCCCUCUACCAGAGAAGCAAGAGCCUGAGUCCCGGCCUGUUGGGCUACCAGCAGCCGUCCCUUCUGGCAGCACCCUUGGGUCUGGCUGAUGCCCACCGCUCUGUGCUGGUGCAUGCUGGUUCUCAGGGGCAGGGGCAGGGCUCCACCCUGCCACACACAUCCUCGGCCAGCCAGCAGGCCUCACCCGUGAUCCACUACUCACCCACCAACCAGCAGCUUCGAGGUGGGGGUCACCAGGAGUUCCAGCAUAUCAUGUACUGUGAAAACUUCGGCCCCAGCUCUGCCAGGCCUGGCCCACCUCCCAUCAACCAAGGUCAGAGGCUGAGCCCGGGCGCCUACCCCACAGUCAUCCAACAACAGACUGCCCCAAGCCAAAGAGCUGCCAAAAACGGACCCAGUGACCAGAAGGAAGCUCUGCCCACGGGAGUGACCGUCAAACAGGAACAGAACCUGGACCAGACCUACCUGGAUGACGUUAAUGAAAUCAUCAGGAAGGAGUUUUCAGGACCUCCCUCCCGAAAUCAGACCUAGAAACAAACAUAAUCACGCGACGCCUUCUACUCUGGACCGCUUCUGUCUCCUCCUGCCGUCUGUGACUGGGACACUACGCAUGCGCACAGUGCACGCAGAUGGUGUCAGAGCCUGGAAGCCUGCUGCCGCGCAAACAGCAUCUUAGCCGUUGUCCAUGGUGACUGGACAUGAAAAGCAACUGCCUGCUGACCAAAGCCUCAUUCUCAACUCACCAGGAUGCUGAACCUGAGACGCUGGCAGGAGAACUGGAGGAACUGCGAUAGCCCACAGACAUGGCUCCUAUCUCUCUCGGGAAGGGUCUUCAGCCAGAGCAACUAAAAGAGCAUGGCCCAAGAGUCUGGCUUCCGGGCUCCAGAACCCCAGGUCUCUGUAGGAGCUGACACUGGACGUUCAUCUGCUCACCAACUGGGCCACAGCAAAGCUUCAUUUUGAAUUUUCUCUUUCCAAAGCCAAACAGCCUUGCCCUGACAGGACCACCUGUCCCAACUUCUCAGCCUUAAGUUAUAACACACGAACGUGUCUGCCAGCUUCUGGGCCUUUGCUGUGUUUUCCUCUGCUUCAAAGAGCCAACCAAGGAGGCCGUGGGCUGAGAGCCCUCUCGGCCAGCUAUGGCUGGUGGGAUCCAGCCCCGGCUGCCUGUUGGGAACACUGCUUCUGAAGGUUCCCCUCUCCACCCGCUCCACCCAGACGUCGGGAGAACCUUCUGGGUCCUUGCAUUGACUGUUAAGGAGCUAAAACCACCAAACCCUGUCAAAACCUACAGGUGUUUGUCAUGACCGCCACCAAACAGAACAAAGGGGCCGAAAUCUCCCUCUGCUCUGAACUCAAAGCAGGGAAGUGCUGGCUUCACCCUAGUUUGUUUUUUUUAACCCGAAUUCAUGUAAAGCCUCCAUAGACUCCUGAACGCAGCUGCAUGAGCUGUGACUCAGGCGGAUCCACCCCAGCAUAUGCCUUAGUGUGAUCAAGCCCUGCCUGGCCCGGUUGUGUGUCCUGUGGGAUUCUCCACACACACUGCCUGCUACAGGCGGUCCUCCAUGAUCUUCCUCCUGGUUCAGUUUUCUUCUUCCAACAGCGUUUCCCCUAAUCGUGUACGCAAGACCGUCCUCUCCCCUUGCCUUCAUCCCAGACGUCUCUAUUGGGCAUCUUCUUAAAGUGACUUUCUCGGCUUUGUGUGCUAGGCAGAGGACCCGAGAAGCAAGCUACAGUGGCUAAGUACCCGUGGUUGGUUUCUUACGUCCUGGCUUUCUUGUCAAAGUCGUCUGAAAGGAAAUGGCUGGAGCUGGGCCAGCUGUGGCUGGUUCUCCUUACAGAGACCCCAUGCCCAGGGUUUAGCUUGAACAUGCAAAUGUGACUUUGUGGUCAGGACCUAGCAUGUCUCCCCUUUGCUGCAGCCCUGGGCUUUCCCUCCACUGACCCCAUGCGUAGACCUGGGCAGAAUUCUCGUGUGAACCCAGAAUGUCUGUAAGAAGUUGAGCACUAAGCCGCUAUGAGUCUAAGUACUUCCUGCUAAGCGAGAAACGUUCUGCUGGCCCUUUACGGCCAGGAGCUUCUGACUGGAGCAAUGCCGACUUCUCUGGGGAAGGGCGAUGAGGGUUCGGUGAGUGAUAGUUCACACUUGCCCUGGCUGAGAGCCACGUUUUGCACAUGAGGGAGUCAGGCCCUUCCUCAGAUAUCUCCAAGUUUUACCCAAGUGCCUUCCUGCAAUUGUAGUCAUUGUAAUUGUAGCUCAGCUGCACUGUCCACAGGGCGACAAAGGGCUAACUCACUUCCCAUUAGUUUUCAUGUCAGCGAAGGGGUUCCUGGUAGCUCAGACUCCUAUACUUUCCUCUGUGUGUAUGUGUGCAUGUGUGUGUGUGUGUGUGUGUGUGUAUACGUGUACUCAAUGCUCUUCCCUUUAUACUAUCUUAGCCAGAUAGUCUCAGAAACUUGUUGAUAAAUAUCCCAAACAGCCAAGGAGAGAAAGCAGCAUCUGUUACCAAACAGGCCAGAGAACGUGUAUGAGUGGCAGAGAGCUAUGGAGAAGGUUUGGUCAGUUACAGACUCCAGGGGGAAACGAGGCUGGGAGUGACUGCUUAUCAACCAUUUCCAGGAUGGGGCAGGAUGGAGAGAUGCAGUCUGAUCUUAGCAAAUGAGAAAAGAUGCCCGAGCAGUGACGACGAGUGUACCGCACGUGGGUUAGAGGGGCGGAAGCGGAAGUGUGUCCUUGCUAAAUCCGUGGUGUCGUUCCGGUGACAGUUCCAUAUUGCUAAAUGUGGCACUUUCUCUUCCAAGUCUACAGAUCUCCCUGACUGUACAAAGGCGCCGCUGAUGGGGAGUAUAUCUAUCCACCCAGAUUAGUAUGGUAUUAAAUUUUAUUUUCUUAUUUGUAUUUUGAUGCUUUUUACCUGCCUUUUACAUAUCUCACCCCUGUUGGAGUUAGAACAUAUUUAUAAAUGGUCAGAUGUCUUUUUUUAAGGGUCUAUUUCUUUUUUUAAAAAAAUCUAUAUCUUCAUUUUCUGUAAGAGAAAUGGUAUACUUCUGAGUUUUGUUUUGUUUUGUUUUUCAUUCCGGGAAACAAAUCCAAAGACUCACCUCGGGUCCUAUCAAGACCUCAGGAUGGGAGGGAAAGGGACUUUGUAGGAGAGAACACCUUUUUUUAGCUUGAGAAAGAGGGCCAGCUUCAGCUUCACGCCAGGGCUGUCCCUGAGAACUGUACAUGAAAGGUUUGGUUGGUGGUUUCAAUCUAAAGCCACAGAACUCUGUCUUUCCAUGGACAAGCUCCUUCAGGCAGGCUGAUAGUGACAGAGCCAACCACGUGGAGUCCUCCAAGGUGACACUGAUGUGCAGCAUCCAAAGAACAGCCACCUUCUCCCCAGCGCAUCAUAGCCACGGACCAAGUGAGCAGGUUCCUCCCGUGACCUGGGAUAACAUUGUUCACAUGCAAGCGGCAGCCUGGUCACCCAUUAUCCAUCACCACCAGCCGUGGCCAGCCGCCGGCAGCACCGUCACACAGGGAAGCCGGAAGCCAAUGUGUUUUAAUGAGCACUCAGAACCUAUAGGAGGCUGAGUUGGUUUAUCUUCACACCACAGUGCUCAGCAUGGGGGGGGGGGAAUGGGGGCUACUUAACAACUGUGUUCAUUUGGCGCGCUUCAGAAAAGACACAGAGGUGGCCAGGCUAGGGCGAGUAUUCCUGAACUCUUUGCUGUCAGGGAAGGCUGGAGGAACCUGACACAUCCUCACCACUGGCGUCUCCCAAGCUUGGACACCAACCUUCAUGGACCCAAACCAGGCAGCUGCAGAGCGGGAGAUUUCCCUGCAGUCCAGUAGUUGCAUAAAUGAGGCAACAUCACCUUCACCUACGACCAGCUUACUCGUGCCUUGACAGACAUACGGCCACCAUCAUUGUCUUAGUCCAGUUUGUUUACAGCUAACUCUCAAUGGUGGGCCAGGAGUGGUGCUUCCCUGAGCAGGACCCCUCUGAGAUCACAGUGAAGUCCUGGAAACUGGAGUCAAAAGUGUUAAUGCUGUCAGAUGGGAAUAAACAUCCCUGCCCUGCCUGGCCCUGCCCUCUCAGGCUUUAGAUGGACUGGGUGCAGACAGUGCUGUUGCUAUGUGAGUAGGAGCCCCAGCAUUCUGUGAGAGCAUCCCAGACAUCAGAGAAUCCCCGUCCCCCUGUCAUUUCUCAGCCCUCAUGGGAGCCUGCUCAUCGGGCUCUGAAGGCUGGGGUUUGGGAAAAUCUCCGCCCCACUACCUGAGGAGUCGGGAUAUAUCACAUUCCUAUGCAAAACGAUUUUACUCUCCAGUUUCCUGCAGUUUAUUUUUGCUAUAUGUAAAGUAUUUUUAUACGGCUUAUAUGAUGACAGCUUAGCAAUAAACA